AUGACUGAGCAGGCUGAACCUCGAAAAGCAGAAAAGAAAACUUUUCGCUCGAGUGGAAUAUUCAGAUUAAAAUCACCAACUAGAUCUCGCGAAGAAAUGUCUACCUGUUCAAUUGGAAAGACUGAAAAUGUGAAAGCUGGAAUUCCGGAGAAACAAUCUUUUACUUCCAGUGAAAGAUUGAGUUUAAAAUCAACAAAUGAAUCUCGUGAAGGACAUUCAACCAGAUUCUUCUACGGAAACUCACAGACAAAAAAAUCUGACGAAAAUUUGACAGUUUCUCAAUCACCAACAACUUCAAUGACUGAGCAGGCUGAACCUCGAAAAGCAGAGAAGAAAACUUUUCGCUCGAGUGGAAUAUUCAGAUUAAAAUCACCAACUAGAUCUCGCGAAGAAAUGUCUACCAGUUCGAUUGGAAAGACUGAAGAUCUAAAAUCUGGAAUUCCGGAGAAACAAUUUUUCUCUUCUAGUGAAAGAUUGAGUCUAAAAUGUUAGUGUUUAACAGAUGUAUUUUAAAAAUAUUUUUAUUUACAUGUA